AUGGGAUCAGUCAAACCCAUGUUUCGCAACGAUCUUCGCGGCGUGGAUGCUUAUACUCGACACAAAAAGUUGAUUCGCGAUUAUGUCUUGCAUUACGGCCGAGGAGCACCACCACCCAAGGCUCAAAUACCCUCCAGUGUCAAAACUGAAUACGAUAUCAUCCGAGAACAUCAUCGGUUUGUGCGUUCUGACGACGAGGAUGAUGAACAACAAAGUUGGGAGCAGCGUGUAGCCAAAAAGUACUAUGACAAGUUAUUCAAGGAAUAUGCCAUUUGCGAGCUCAAAUAUUACAAGGAAGGCAAAAUCGCAUUGAGAUGGAGAACCGAACGAGAAGUUAUCCUUGGUAAAGGUCAAUUCAUUUGUGGAUCUACUCGAUGUGAUGAAAGCGACGAUCUUGAAAGUUGGGAAGUGAAUUUCGGCUAUAUGGAACAUGGUGAAAAGAAGAACGAACUUGUCAAGGUGCGAUUGUGUCCUGAUUGUUCAUACAAGCUCAACUACAAGCAAGAGAAACGGGCUGCCAAGGAAAACAAGAAGAGGAGGAGGAGGAGCAGAAGCACGAGCACUACACAAGAUGAUCAAUCCAAAUCCAAACGACGUAGACGACACAGCCAUGAGGAUGAGGAUGAGGAUGAGGAGGAUCAAAAACGAGCAACAUCUGAAGAACCCGAGAAGGAGGAUGAACGAUCCAUUUGGAGCAAACCCAUUGAACAGAAACAAGAAAAGUCAAAGGAAGAAGAAUUUGAAGAUUAUUUUGCUGAUCUUUUGCAAUAA